AUCGUCCUUGUUCCUAGAUUUGUAUUUUACGAUAAAAGUUAUUCAUUUGGUGUCUGGGUUAAGUUAGCUGUCUCCAAGGGUCACAUUAUUAUUAGUGAUGACAAUGGCCACGCGAGCGCUCGAUCCUUCAACUUUAGAAUAGACAACACUAACAAACUAGAAGUGGUUAUGUUUUUUGGAGACGGCUCGCACCGAAUUCUCGCUGCAUCUAAUGGGAAAGUUCCCAUCAAUCAGUGGUUUCACAUCGGCGUUACCUUUGAUAUUGAUGCACAUAGGGUAAAGAUUUACCUUAAUGGUACACUUGACAAAAACCAUGUCGGUAGCUCCCCAGCCAGGAACAUGAAUCUAUAUGCUCCCACCAAUUAUUGGAUUGGAAAAGUCAGCUAUUCGAGUUCCGCAUUCUUCAAAGGCUGGAUGAAAGACUUAUUAAUGAUUCCCAGGGUUUUGGAAGAUUCCGAAAUGAAAGCUCUUGCAGAUGCAGAGCGAAGAGCCUGGAUUGGACUCAACGAUAAAGCAAACGAAGGGGUACUUCAGUGGGCCGACGAAUCACCCCUGACUUAUAAGAACRUGAAACAAUUGAACACAGAGACGAGAGACUGCAGUGCAGCGAUACUAGUGGAAAACUUCCCUGAAGAAUGGAGCAUGAGAGACUGUCGAGAAGAAUCGUUUUUCAUUUGCAGAAAAUAACAAAAACAAAUUUGAAGAAAAUGCUUUCUCAUUUUGAUAAUAGGUAGAGACUCAGAUGUUCAAGGCGCAUUUCGAAAGUGUAAAAAAAUAAUUUUGGAGCACGAAAGAUKUUGCGAGUAGAAAUAACAAGCCAAGAAAUUCUUAGUGUUUUCUCAAAAUAUUCCAAAUAGAGGUAGUUAGAAUGUCAAACCACCAACAAAACAACUGUAAUCUUUGGGACAGCAUUCUAAACGAUGGAGAUCUUUACAAGGACUGGUCCGACUGUCUUGGUUUGGACACGUGGCCAGGUUCCUCUCCAUCCGUAUCCCUGAUACCUAUCAAUAAUUCCUCGUCUGGGAGGCUCUSGGCAGGCKRCAUAUACUGACAAGAAGGCAUGGURUGAGAUGAWUGAAUUGAGUCGAUAUUCAUCACACUGUUUCAAAAACGUCGGUUAUAAAUAAACCUAAA